UUAUAUCUUAUCCUCCGUGGUCUAGCAGAAUUUUAGAAAUCACACGAGCUUGGUCCUUUACUUUGUUUAGUAGUUUGAGUCGGAACUGUGUCGAAUUUCGCUGAUUUCGCUGUUGUUAAGUUGUCACAAAAUUCUGCGAAAGUCGCUGAAACCAAGGGGAUCGCCUAUCAGUUGCCUGUAAUGUUUAGCUGCUUCUGAAAACUGCAGCGCACGCCGAAUCGGAGGAAAGUGAGCAAAACGAAAUCAAGAUGAUAACGCUGACCAAAAUGCUCAACAAUGAUGGCAGAAAUAGCAGAAGGGCCUCCGUCAGAGACAAAUUAUUAAUCAAAGAGGUCCAAGAAAUGGAAGCGGAGCUGCCACCCACGUGCAGUACUUUCUUUGAAGAUACUCAUAAACUGCAUGAAUUUUUCCUGACAGUGACCCCAGACGAGGGCUACUGGUAUGAGGGUCACUUCAAAUUCCACAUAUAUGUUCCAGAGGAAUACAACAUGGCACCGCCAAAAGUCAGAUGUUUAACCAAGUUGUGGCAUCCCAAUAUUAGUGUUGAUGGAGAAAUUUGUUUGAGUUUGCUUCGACAGAGUUCUAUAGACGGACUUGGCUGGGCACCCACUCGCAGAUUAAAAGACGUUGUGUGGGGCCUGAACUCUCUCUUUACAGACUUGUUGAACUUUGAGGAUCCGUUGAAUAUUGAAGCAGCAGAUAUGUAUCAAAAAGACAAGGAAGCUUUCAAAGUUAAGGCCAGAGAGUAUGUUGUUAACUUCGCCCGUCGGUAAUUUGUUCCCCAUAAUAAAGACAGGCAAGACUUAAAUUAUUAUGCUGCCAAGGUUGCAAGUGCCGGUGAAGUGAUUUUUUUUAUAUUUCCAUGGUUUACAAAUUACUGCACGCGUCCUCAUUUGCUUAAUUAUCAAACUUCGCCUGUGUUUUGCAAUUUGUAACAAUUUUAUGUGAAGUAUAUUCUUAUUAAAUCGAUUGAUGCGAUUUUAAAUUACAAAA